UAGAACAAGAUGGCGGACUCCUUAGCAGCGGCUCAGGGAGAGGAGAGCGAACCGGAGAAAGAGGGCAGGGAGAGACGGAUGGAGGGAGGUAGUGAGAGCCGGGGGUCGAAGGAGACCUCCGAGGUGACGGAGACGCUGGGGUUUUACGACAAGAAGAAAGUCCAGAAGGACAAGAAACGGAGUCUGUCUGAUCUGUCCCUAGUGAGGUUCAUGGGGGCGGAGCUGACCCGAGGAUACUUCCUGGAACACAACGAGGCUAAAUACACAGAGAGACGAGAGAGGGUCUACACCUGCCUCCGCAUCCCCAAAGAACUAGAGAAGUUGAUGCUGUUUGGCUUCUUCCUGUGUCUGGAUGCCUUCCUGUACGUGUUCACUCUGCUGCCUCUCAGAGUCCUACUGGCCCUCGUCCAACUACUGACCCUGCCCUGCUGUGGUCUGAGGGGGUCUCCUCUCCUCCAGCCAGCCCAGGUCUGUGACGUGUUGAAGGGGCUCAUCAUGGUCUUGUGUUACGUCAUGAUGAGCUACGUGGAUUACAGCAUGAUGUACCACCUGAUCAGAGGACAGUCUGUCAUCAAACUGUAUAUUAUCUACAACAUGCUGGAGGUAGCAGACAGGUUGUUCUCUUCGUUUGGGCAGGACAUUCUGGACGCUCUCUACUGGACCGCUACAGAACCGAAAGAGAAGAAGAGAGCUCACAUAGGAGUUGUACCUCACUUCCUCAUGGCUGUUCUAUAUGUCUGUAUACUUACUGAACCUAAAGAGAAGAAGAGAGCUCACAUAGGAGUUGUUCCUCACUUCCUCAUGGCUGUUCUAUAUGUCUUUCUCCAUGCUAUCCUCAUCAUGGUCCAGGCCACUACUCUGAACGUUGCCUUCAACUCCCACAACAAGUCUCUACUCACCAUCAUGAUGUCUAACAACUUCGUGGAGAUCAAAGGAAGUGUGUUUAAGAAGUUCGAGAAGAAUAACCUCUUUCAGAUGUCUAACAGUGAUAUAAAGGAGAGGUUCACUAACUAUGUUCUGUUACUGAUUGUCUGUCUACGGAACAUGGAGCAGUUCUCAUGGAACCCUGACCACCUGUGGGUGCUGUUUCCUGACGUCGUCAUGGUGAUAGCGUCUGAGGUCACCGUGGACGUCGUCAAGCACGCCUUCAUCACCAAGUUUAACGACAUCACUGCAGACGUGUACGGGGAGUACCGCGCCAGCCUGGCGUUCGACCUCGUCAGCAGCAGACAGAAAAACGCCUAUACAGACUACAGUGACUCAGUCUCCAGGAGAAUGGGCUUCAUCCCACUUCCUUUAGCUCUGCUGUUGAUCAGGGUGGUGACCAGCUCAGUGAAGAUCCAGGGAUCUCUCUCCUUCAUGUGUGUUCUUCUCUUCUACCUGGGGAUGAUCUCUCUGAAGGUACUGAACAGUAUCGUGUUGCUGGGGACGUCCUGUGUGUUCGUCAAAGAAGCCAAUAUGGAGGAGAAGCUGUUCCAGUCUCCCCCCUCUGCUGCCUCCAGCCGCUCCAACUCCAGAGCACACAGACCCACACACACCUCCCCC